GCGGGGGCGGGGCCCGGCAGAACAGGGCCCGGCCGCGCCGAGACAGUUGGCGGAGUCUUGCGGCCGGACGCCGGCCUGCCUAGAGCCUCUCUCCCGCGCCAGCCGCUUCCCGCAUGCUGCCGGCCCCUCCCUGAGCGGCGGCGGCGAGGCCUGAGGGACGUGCGCGGGGACUCCUCCGGAUCGAGACUUCGCGGCGCCCGCUCUUCCUCUUGUAGUGCCGGUGCGCGGCCGUCUCGGCGGGCGGGAUGGCGACGGUGGCCCCGGGGAGCGGCCGCUCAUCCGCGCCCCGGCUGCUCCUGCUCUUGCUCCUGCUCCUUCCGCUGCCGUGGGCCCCGGCCGGCGUCCGGGCUGUUCCCGACGAGGACCUCAGCCACCGGAACAAGGAGCCUCCGGCGCCAGCUCAGCAGCUGCAGCCGCAACCCGCGGCUGCGCAGGGCCCCGAGCCGGCCCGGGCCGAGAAAGUAUUUACACCAGCUUCUCCAGUUCAUACCAAUAAAGAAGAUCCAGCUACCCAAACUAAUUUGGGAUUUAUCCAUGCAUUUGUGGCUGCCAUAUCAGUUAUCAUUGUAUCUGAACUGGGUGACAAGACAUUUUUUAUAGCAGCCAUUAUGGCAAUGCGCUAUAACCGCUUGACCGUGCUGGCUGGUGCUAUGCUUGCCUUGGGCUUAAUGACGUGCUUAUCAGUUUUGUUUGGCUACGCCACCACAGUCAUCCCCAGACUGUAUACAUACUAUGUUUCCACGGCAUUGUUUGCCAUUUUCGGCAUCAGGAUGCUUCGGGAAGGCUUAAAGAUGAGUCCAGAUGAAGGUCAAGAAGAACUAGAAGAAGUUCAAGCAGAGUUAAAGAAAAAAGAUGAAGAAUUUCAACGAACCAAACUCUUAAAUGGACCAGGAGAUGUUGAAACGGGUACAAGCACAACAAUACCUCAAAAAAAGUGGCUGCAUUUUAUUUCACCCAUCUUUGUUCAAGCUCUUACAUUAACAUUCUUAGCAGAAUGGGGUGACCGCUCUCAGCUAACUACGAUUGUCCUGGCAGCUAGAGAGGAUCCCUACGGUGUGGCUGUGGGCGGGGCGGUGGGACACUGCUUAUGCACCGGACUGGCAGUGAUUGGAGGAAGAAUGGUAGCCCAGAAAAUCUCUGUCAGAACUGUGACAAUCAUAGGAGGCAUCGUAUUUUUGGCGUUUGCAUUUUCUGCACUAUUUAUAAGUCCGGAUUCUGGUUUUUAACAAGCUAUUUUCCUUUGUAUUUUAGUUUUAAGAUAGGUAACUCGAUGUACAUAUGUAUAUUAUAACUAAAAGUGGUGGAAAACACUGUAUUUUGUAGCAUCAAUUUGUGAGUUUGACCCAUUUAAUGAAAGUAUUAUGUCCCAAAGAAAUAAUCACUGAUUUUAUUUGCAACAUGAAUUUUUAAAAGAAACCUGUUAUCUAAAGCGUGGAUUUUUUUCUUCCUCCAGCACAAUUAGGUUAACAUGGUCUGCAUUUUUCAAGUUUUUGGUUCGGGCGAGGGGUGGGCAGUGGACAGAGCCACUGGGCAUUGGGGUCUGUCUGCACUAGAUUUGCUUUCAGCUGACCCAUUUUUAAGGAAUUUACCAUUCUUCUCCUGCAUCACUGAGGUGCUUUAAGUGGUUUACCUUAAUUUUUCUUGGGGGAAGAAUGAAUGAAUUUCUCUUUUAAAGUAUUUUCUGGAAUUGGUAAGCAGUGAUUUAAUCAGAAGUCUUUUCAGAAAGUAUUACUGUUGAUAACAUGAUAAGAUUUGUUUGCCAGGUCCAGUCUUCCUCUUUUUAAUUGGGUAGGAAACCCAAUAUAAUAACAGUCAAUAUUUGACCAUGCGGACUUACCAAAUUAAAAGAGAAUACUAUGAGUGUAUUCAUAUUUUUUCUAUAUUGAAUAGAAAAAUGUAACAGACACAACAGAAAUAAAAGUGAUAUGACCCAUGCUGGUUUUUCCAUGUGUGUCAUGUGAGUUCAUAACUUUGCAGUCUGUCAAAGCCAUCUUAAUAUUUAUAGACCAGUUUCUAAAGUGGAUACAAAGAACAGAGCCUAACAUUGUUCUAAGCACUGUCUUAACCUUCACACCAUUUUGUGAAGGAGAAGGUAUCUAAGAGAAGUUAAAAAGUAACUAACCCAGGCUUACAUGGUAGAGCAGGAGGUCAAACCAGACAGGUUAGUCUCUAUUAGAUUAGAGACUAAUCAGUGAUUAUGGUCAAGGCUGUCUUACUUUAUUGUGGCAACUUGAGAAAUCACUAGCAUUUGAAAAUCAGAAUAUUCUAACUUGAAUGCUAAUUAUAUUCCAUCCAGACAGCAUAACUGCCUUCUCCCAGCCUGAUACGUUCUGUUGCCAUAGGCAGUAACACUGCUGUCAGCUGCAGGUUUGAUCCUUGGCCUUGCCCUGUGGGUUAAGGAUCCCACGUUGCUGUGGCUGUGGUGUGGGCUGGCUGCUGUAGUUCUGAUUCAACCCCUAGCCUGGCAACUUUAUAUGCAGCACUAGCAGCCCUAAAAAGACAAAAAAAAAAAGAAAGUCAUUUUUUAAGAAACUUUAGGAAGUUCUCUACCAUGGAAAGUAUGUAUUACAGGGUGAAAAACAAAACAUCCAUAGGAAUAAAGCAGCGUUAAGUCUCCACACUACACUGUCAUUUUCUGCAGUGAAGUGCCCAUAAUCCUUCGAGGAAUUUUACAUCCUUUUUUGUCCUUGUUAGCAAGUAGCUAGUAUCACAGGCGGCCUGGUCCCAGCAUUGGAGGCGCAGGGCUAAAGUUAAGGUGACAGCACAGCUUCCCGAGGCCCCACCACCUCAGAACUGGAUCCAACUCCUCAGAGAACUUGGCAGCACAGACCUUAGCUACCAGGUAAAAACUGCUGAUACAAUCCUACUCCACUGCUGAAUAAAGGAAAGGAAAUGGUCAUGGGUAGUGAUUUUAAAAUAUUUAAUAUUCUUCAAAAUCCAAAAUAAUGUGGUUCUUACAAGUUAUGUACCACACGAAGCAGGUAUUAUUUUGAGAAACGCAGGGGAUCCUGGAAAACAGCACUGAGGUAUUUAUUUUUAAAACUGUACAAGGAGAGACAGUCUAAAUUUAGUCAUUUUACAUUUUACAAAAGAAACUCAAAUGCUCCUGCUUGGCUCUUUUGCUGUCAUUUUAGGUUCUGAAAACAUUACAAGAGUCUGUGGGAAAGAGCAGUAUAAUAGUACAUGUAGUUUAAAACUGCACAUCAUCACCUGGAAAAAUGAUGCUACAGCAAGAGCCUGAGUGGAGGCAGGCUGGUAACACGUGUACUUCUUCUCAAAGGGCAGCUGUGAGAAGCAGGUGCGCCAAUUGUAACACCAAAUUAAAAUAGCAAUAUUGGUAACAAAAUGAUCCACAUUUUAUACAGUAUCCCAUUUCCAAACACAGCUCAUGAAAAUCAGGAGAACCUAAAAUAGCACCGUUGAAACCAGUCACUAUCCCAUCGUGCUUCUGUGCAGUUCAGGAUCGGGUUGAAGAUGUUACUUGGAAACUGUCAGUCUUGUUUUCGCAGAUCAAUUUGGAUUUCAACUGAAUGCUUGCUUUAGGAAAACUAGGUAUUCUUACCUAGUAUCGGUCAGCCACGUAUAUGUAGCUCCACCCUUUCUGGAGGAAGGACAGGCUCUAAUUUUAACUGAGAAACCAAACCAAGCAUUAAGGACCCAUCAGUGUCAAGAGGAAGCACACUAAGAACCACACAGAACACUGGAAAGAGUGGUAUCUGUUUUCACAACUACCACCUGAUGUUAACAAUGAAAAAUUUACAGGAAUAAACUUUUUUGCCCUAACUGGUUUCAAUACAGCACUGAAUUUAACUCGUCUUUGGGCUUCAGUCUCUACAUAAUGUGCAAAAGGCUACACCAAGGGCUGUCCCCAACUUACCCACAACAAGACACAUUCAGGACAAUUCUAGGAUGUCGGUGACAGCUGUUCUGGCUGACAUCUAUGAAGGAAGAGAUGUUUCCUAGCCAAAUUUAUUUCUUCUUGAUGAUGAUAGCCUAGUUACAUAAUACAUCAAUCUGAAUACAGCUUUUCCUACAUUUUAACUCUUUAGUACUCGCACAACCAUUGCCAGCAGUGGAUCUGGACCAGUACCAGCCAACUCAAAACACAUCAUAAAACAUCUGAAUGGCAUUUUUAAAAUGAUGUCAGUUUGUUUCCUCAGAAAUUUAAAUGCAUAAUCUGAAAACAUCACAUCUUCAAUUUAGUCCUUAGGGUGAAGAAAUAUUUUUUACAUCAUUAAAUCCAACUUGUGGUUGAUACAUUUUAACUACCAUUCUCUAAAGGAUCCCAAAGCUAGUGUGUGCUCUGUACCUGGCCUGUGGGACUCAAAAGCUCUGGGCGCCCUAAGGAGUUGAAUUCUGUUCUAAUGCAGACCUGCACAAGUGCCCUCAAAUGUCUAGGUUCCAAAUGGUCCAACCCUGCUUUGUUGGACCGUGUGCCAUGUAUGAAGGUUUGGUUUGGCUUUUGUUUUUAAAGGACCAAGCAACACGACACUAUAAAGACAGGAAACUUUUUUGCAGGCAAGUUUGCAGUGUGCGUACACCAUUCCACUUGUAUUUAAGGACUUCAGAUGAACUUGAAAUUAAUACAGAUAUGAUAGUGAUGGCCAUUAGAAGAUGCUGAUUGUUUUAAUAAUAUGUUCCCAGAUGGGUGAAACAGGGAACAUUUGCCAUGGCUUCUGUCACACUGGCCUCUGGCUGUGUUGGGAAAGCUACCAUAUAAAAAUGCCCAUAAAAUAGAAAAGGCAGCAAGUGAAACCAGAAAAAGGCUGGAGCUAAAUGAAGCAGAUUUGAAAGGAGUUACCUUUACUUUCUCUGAGCUAAGUUGAGAAACACAUGGGCACCUGGAUUGGGCUCCACUGCUGCCCUGAACACACAUGGAUGGCCACGGAGAAGUGUCCCCAGCCCAGGGACAUGGCCACAGAGGGGCGUCACCAGCCCAGGGACAGCCCCAGGUAAGGAGAGCCGGUCCUCUAAGGAGAAGUACAAGGCAGAACAAAACAAACCACGAUUAAAUACAUGACACUGUGAAAUAACUCUGAUGAGAAAACAGAACACAAAGAUAUUUAAAAAUAUAAAUAAAUAUAUUUAGCCAUUUUUAUUCAAGAAACCCAGAGAACUGCUCUCAAAGCAAUUGCUUCUUUAAAAACCACUUUCUAAAUUCUCUCAUAAAUACUAUUUUGAUUGUCACUUAAUGCAGCACCUCAGUGUUUGCUGGUGGUGGUGAUGGAAUUUUACUUAAUGACAUCUCUUCAUAAACUACAUUCUAUUUCACUAAAGAACGUUUCCAUAGGAAAGCCCAGGCAGCUUACAAAACAUAGUUACUCAAAAACAACCUGCAAAGUAUUGUUUUAUUUAAGAAAAACAAGGAAUGUAGUGUUAAAUUAUGACAUGGGGAAAAAAGUAUGCAAAACAGUCACAUGGAAAGAAACUUAGUUUUUCAUGAUCCACGUUUACUUAAUUUCUGUGAGCUGUUCAAUACUGUUUUAAAUAUCCUGAAUUAAUAGCUAUACCAACAAAAUCCAUCCCCAGUGUUUCCACAGGAGAUGUUAAGACCAAUUUUUUCCUGUUUUUUUCAACGAAAGUAGUCUUUCUAAAGUCAUUUUUGUGCAAAAAUGUUACAAGAGCAAUUCAAAUGGCAACACUGAAACGACAUGCCAACAUUUCAGCGCACAUUUAAAACACCCAGAGUAAUUCUUGAAAUUAUUAUAUUCUAAAAUCUUACUACCAACCACUUUAGGAUAGUUGUACACAUCUAUUCACACUGAUGCAGUUUUCCCAGACCUUUGAAAACAAACAGGCUCAAUGGUCUCUUUUGGUGUCCACACAAUAGAUAGGCAGCAUAGGUUUACAAUAGUGUCUGAACAGAACCAGGCAUCUACAGUCUCAACUCCCUCACAUUCAAGACAAAAGUCCAAGUUCAUUUGGCUACCUUGCAGUCACUCCUCUAAACCUACUAUGGUUCACUGGAUCUAAACAUUUCUCAGAAAUGUCAUUUAAAAUUUUCAUCUAAGUGAUGAUUUGGGGACCCUUCAGAAAUGGUAAUAUCUAAGAUAAUAAGCUUUAUCAAAAUGAAUAAUUACAAUAAAGUGCUUGUUACCUUUUAAAAUGAUGCUCUUAGACUGUGGUGUGCUGUUUGCGAAGUGUGUGCGAUUCCUAUAGGAAGGAUCCCCGGGCAUGAGAGUCGGGGCUUCUCACCUGUCUCAGGAGCAGCAGCACUGGCUGGGGGCUGGGGCUGGCCGCAGCCCCAGUGCGGAGGCUAUGCUAAUGCUAUAUGGCAAAGGGGACCUGGAUUCCAGGGCAGGAGGCGUGCGAAGGGUUCCUACUGUAUUGAGUUAUAUACAAAUAUAUUAAAUAUGCUAUAAAAAUAGUCAGCUCUUUUCCUUUGCUAUUAUUCAGAAGCUCCUUUUAGAAGAAUGCUUACCCGCCCCAAACAAAAGACUUGUUUCCAAUCACGAUAAAAAUGGCAAGUGCCUUAUGUGCUGUUUCCUUCCCUCCGUUUAAACAUUCCAGUCAGCUUAUUCCUGGCUAGACUCAGCAAUAACAACAUCCAGUGUUUCCACCUCUUCCAACACUGACUCCUGAGGAACUGAGAACAGGGGCACAGAUAUUGGAAGGGUUAUGGACUUGAGUGAGUUUACACAAAUAUUUGUCAAUAAACUUCUGAUCACUAAAGAAAUAGGAAAAAAAAAGUAGAAAUGAGCAAAACUACAGCAAAAUGCUAUUUGUAGCCCACUUUAAAAAAGUUUACCUCAAUGUAGUGGAAACAUUUUAAAACAUGCUGAGUAGUAUCCAGUUUAAACUAAUUCUCACCUGUCUGUAGGGCAGGCAAACAGCUGCCAGAAAGGCCCCUUCCGAAGGCUUCCUGAGCAAAGGUUCAUCUCCUUUCACCACACAGAGACCCCAGCAGAGCUGCCCUGCCUGGGGCCUGGCUCACACAGAUGGCUUUAAGGCAAUUACUGAAGAACUCAAAUAACAUCUUGACUACCCUGCACUGAGUAUCCUCUGACACACUCCUCAAAGUCACUGGCAUCCUCUGACUAGUACAUUCCUAAACCACGUUGAAGUGAUAACGCAAAGCACAGGACUCCAAUUACCCCCUCAACUCAGGACAGAGCUGGGAGACGACUGACUGGACUGACUGACUUGUAGCCCUCAUCCCCAUGUUUACUGUUCUGCAAAUAUUUUCACUGAAAUGAAGUACUCGAGGGUCUUGGUUCUGGUCUGACAACUUCUGGCAGCAACUUCAUGAAGCCUUGUAGUGCUCACUGGUAGUUGUUAAAACCCAGUGCCCACACAGUGCAAAGAAGAUAACUGCAGGACAGCCAACAGCUACCGCCCAGAACAGUGAUACUGUGGUUUUUUUUUUGUUUGUUUUUUUUUUUUUAAGAAAAGCUGAAUGUCUAUGAGAAUAAAGCAGAGGGAAGUAAGAUUUUUAAGUAACUGAAAGGUGCUCCUAUUUGGUAUUUUUUCAUGACUUAGAUUGGGAAUUUUAAUGAACAACUUUGGCUACAGAAAUGAAUGAAAUCAGGCAGCAGCUGGGUCUUCAUUGACACCUCCAGUCUCCACCUGUGGGGGUGUGAGGGGGAGCUCUGUAACCAGAGGGCCAGGGGAACAGGAGGAAGAAAGCCAUGCGAAGAGGCAAAAAAAGCAAAGCGGCUAGCUGCUCUUCAAAACGCAGCAACCAGGUCUAAGCAAGAACAAACACAAAAUAACCUGUCCCGAGGAACAACAAGAAUUAUAAAGCAAACUCCUGUCUAAUUUUCUUCCCUAGUAUUGUGAGGAUGACAAUACUCAAAAGGUCUGGCAGAGGAGACGGUGAACCAACCGUCUAGAGGUAGGUUUACCUCGUGGCUUGGCUUAUGCUUGGCGUGUGUUGACCUGAACACGGUGCUCACGGCUCCAGCUUUCUUUUUACCUACGGGACUCAGGAGACACUGGGGGAUUUAACAGUUCUUCGUGUCGCUUGUGUGCUGAAUCUGCAUCACUGCAUACCACCACUAAGCAAACGAGGCACAACCCAGAAACACACGGAGAGGCAUAGGUAAGAGGCGACUCGAAGGGGGAAAGGCUGCUGUGUGUGUCUGUGGCAGCCGUGUGUCCACGUGCGAAUACGCACAAAGCACAUGCUCACUUUGACUCUAGCCUUGACAUUCAUGAGAAAGUCAACACCCUCUUUCAAUGAUCACUUAGCUAGAAGAGGAGUCCUUGAUAUGUAAUUACUGACUGGCAUCUAGUGACACUCCUUUUAUAGAGAGUAGGUACCAACUUUCUUUGGUCGUUUUCUUUUCAGCAUUAAUUUUCUAGUUUAAGUGUGGCCAGGUAUGGUUUCCCACAGAAAGACAAAGUCCAUCCCUUAAGGUUAAUAGUAAAGCUGAGGACAGAAAAGUCUUAAUGGACUGACACCCUCCCCACUCCGCUGUUAUGCAGCAACUCCAUAUUAGGUUAUUUUCAUUGUUCAAAACCUUUUCUGCUUAACAACCUUAAUUCUGUCAUACAUUCUCUUUUAAGGUCAGUUUUGAUUUAUUACGGCUUGCUUUAGUAAGCUUGCCUUUCCUCAAUCAUUUUUGAUAUUCUAAUAAGAUAGUUUCCCAUUAAUUUUUCUUUGUUCUGUAAUUAUAAUUAUUAGUACCAUAAAAUAUAUAAUUUUUGUAAUGUAUGCAGUUCUGGUUGGAACUUACUACCUGUAUAAUAUGAUACUGCCGCCAGCUGAAAUCUUAGUUCACGUUUAUGAAGCAUGUGAGCUAAAAUAUUCUAGGGUUGCAGUGAAGAGAAAGCCAAUUUCUACUUCUUUUUUCUUUGUAGGAUGUUAAGGUCAUACUGAGCAAAUAGUUACUAGUAAUUUCUAAAUGAUUACACAGCUUUAAGAAAAAUGCUGAUUUAGGAAAAUAAUUUUGUGAUCAUAUGAAUAACUCCGAGAGUGUCAUUAGGAUGUCACCUUUUAUUUCAAAAUUCCUUGAACCUCUAAACUAAGAGGCUCAAACAGUCUUCACAGGAACUUAAUGGCACUGACAUCCACAUGCUAUUAAAAAUGUACUAAGAUUUCCAAACUGCUACUGAAACCAGACAAUGAGUUCAAGAUGGUGAAUUCUCACCUGAAUCAAAAUCAAGGCACUAUGGGUUUUUUUUUUCCGCUCAAAUAACCCUGAAUCAUAUCUAAAAGAAGCAUUAAAACUGUGAAGAAUAAAAAGAUUCCAACAAAUCCUAAAAGUUAAAAUUCCCACCAGUGAGAAUGCUAAAAAGUGCCUAAAAUAUUUUGUGUGCAAAUUUUACUCUUCUAACUGAAACAUUCUUGAAAUUACUUUCAGGCUUGUUGAAAACCAUUUACACAACUAUUUCCACUAUAAACUAGAUCAAAAUAUGUGAUCAAACCUCCCAACUAUCUGAAAACAGUGCAAAUCCUAUUUGCAAACAUAAUUGAAAAAUAAUGAAACGAGGGAUAUUUCUGAGUAACUUGAAGAUCCUGUUUCAAAUCAUUUAACCUGAAAAAACAUCCAUCCCCAGCAGCACAUCACACCUCCCUGAACAAACUGAGACGUCGCAGCCAAAGCAGGAACAGAAAGCCCUGUGCCAGGGACAACACACCCAACACGACUGUGCUGCGAACAGGAGGGGAGACAGAGGCUCUAUCAGUUUGCAUGAGGCAUCAGAAUCUAGGGAAAUGUACGCACAUCUCGGAGGAGACAAUCUCUGCAUGCAGCAUACGAAAUGUUUUGCUUUCUGUCCUUUUAUCCAGACAUAUACAUACUAUUGUUUUUACAGCAUCUGUACACAGAGAACGUAAAGCUACACGGCUCUGAAAUGAAUUAUGAUUCCAUCACGGCCUCACUGUAAGCAAAGCCCUGAUGGGGCAGCGCUGCGUCCUCCCACACGUGAACACAGGCACAGAACCACCAAGUCACUGUCAGGGCCUUUCUGAUUCACCGCAGGUCACGUUUCAUAGCUGAGCUUCUUAACGUUUGGCAACAUACUCUUCUUCCAGCAAAUGAUUUCUGGGCAAGUACAGCAGAGGGAGAACUGGCUGUGGCCCCCCGCCCCCAUCCCCUCCCGCUGGCCGCCAUCUGACACACACCUGCAGCACGAGGCAGCGUCCUCCCUGCUAACAAACUCCAGGAGCUAGAACACUCAAUACUGCAAUCUCAUGAAACCGCUGGAACUUUCCAUCCCAUUCUCAGAUCAUCUGAGCAACUGCAAGGCCCUUCUAGCUGGAGGGCACAGAGGAUGCGCCGACACUACUGCGGCUGAACCUUGGAAGGGUCGGUCAGAGCAUCAGUCCUGUGCCGACUCAGCUGCUGCUGCUGCUGCUGGUGUGACUGAGGGAAAGGGCUCUGCUGCAGGGGAAAUGCAGCAGAGAGGAUCAGCUGAGCUGAGGGGCUCCCCCGGAGCAACCUGGAAGUCUG